UCCCUUCGGCCCCUUCCUCUGCUCCCCGGCUUCAGAGGAGCUCAGUGCUCUGUCUCCCUUCCUCUCUCUCUCUAGCCUCUCUGUCCUGCACUGUGAGGAGGCUGUGACCCGGGUUACGGAGAGCCCCUCCUCCUCCUCCUCCUCCUCCUCUCUCCUCUCUCAUCGCCAUCCUUCGCCUUAUUUACUGGUUCGAGCCCCCGCGGUUUUUCCUGGACCCUCGUCUGGUUAGUUCUUCUCGCCACGAUACAGCAAGAAGAGCAGAGCAGAAGGAAGAAGCGCCCCGCCUCCCAUUACGUGCGCGCCCGGAGCGAGCAAGGAUGGGAGCGGGAGGAGAAGGGAAGGCGGCGGCGGCGGCGGUGAGGGUGCUGGUGGUGGACGACUCCCCCGUUGAUCGGAAGGUCGUCGAGCUGCUGCUCCGGAACCACAAGGGCGGCGCCGCCCCAUUCCACGUGACCGCCGUUGACAGCGGCAAGAAGGCGAUGGAGCUUCUCGGGCCAAAGGGACAAGGGAGGCUGGAUUCAUCAGCUGCUGACGCUAAUGAGCUAACCGUUGACAUCGUGCUGACCGACUACUGCAUGCCGGAGAUGACCGGCUAUGACCUUCUCAAGGCCAUCAAGGCGUUGAGCUCCCCGAACCCGAUCCCGGUGGUCGUAAUGUCGUCGGAGAAUGAGCCCCAGAGGAUCAGCAGAUGCUUAACAGCCGGUGCUGAGGAUUUCAUCCUCAAGCCCCUCAAGUCCAAGGACGUGCAGCGCUUGCGCAACUGCUCCAACUCUGCCAAGCCCAAGGGCGCAGAUGAUGCUCAUCAGUGCAAGAGCUUGAGCAGCAGGAGGAAGAUCACGUCCGAGCAGAGAUCACAAAUUACACGGCUAGCCAUGGUGCUGAAUGCCUCCAGCAUCGAGCUAUCUCACUACUUCCAGUUCCUUUUCAAGUUCAUCCUGCUCGCCUACGCGGUGCUGUGCUUGGGUGAGCUCCUCCACAGAUGGUCCAACGGCUCCUUCCUCUCCCUGUGGUCAUCCUGAGAACUGAAACCCAAGCAAUAUGAGUGUAACUAAGGUUGCAAGCUUUUUCCUUUUUAAUUUGAUUCUCCUUGUAAUCCAGGCAUGAGGAGCUAGUUCGUCCUCGCUCGCUCCAUAUAUUUCAGUUUCAGCAGCUGCUUCUUAGGUAGAUUAUUGUUUGUUUGGAGGCCCUAACAGCGCGCGACUCGGGUUAAUCUAGCUCUCCCCGGUUCUUGAGCGUCGCUUCCCGGGAGAAAGAUCAGAAGAACCGCGAUAAUGUGAUGAUAUGAUAUCCCCCUUUUGCUGAUUUGUAUAGAUGCAUGAUUUGAGAGGGUAUCUAAUGUCGUUGUUAAUGGAGAUCUCGACUUGA